UGCAAUAUUGGAUUCCCUGGUAGCAACUGCUGGAAUUACUUCCCAGGAAGUUACUGAAAGCAAUAGCCUAAUUUCUCUGUACUAUGAAAUGCCUGAAGAUUCUCUGAGAAGCUACAAGGAUAAGAGAGCUGGUAACGGACACUUGAUCAAUCUUAUUGACUCUCCUGUGUGUUGCAACUUGUCUAAUGAUGUCCAACCUGCCCUUUGCAUAAUGGAUGGUGCUCUAGUUGUAGUGGACAGUUUUGAGGGUGUUACUUUAUGGACCAAGACUUCUAUUCGUGAGGCUCUUAAUAUGAAGAUUCAGCCUGUUUUUACUCUGAAUAAGAUCGACAGAUUCUUCCUUGAGCAGAAUGUUGAUGGUGAGAAAGCUUAUCAGACCCUCUCCAGUCUAAUUGAUAGUGUCAAUGCUACCAUGUCUUCACACAAAGAUGCUCAGGUGUAUCCCACUAAGGGAACUGUUGUGUUCUCAUCUGGUCUGCACGGAUGGGCAGUUGCAAUUUCUAAUUUUGCUAAGAUGUAUUCCUCCAAAUUCAAAGUUGAGGAAUCUAAGAUGAUAGACAGAUUAUGGGGUGAGAACUUCUUUGACCUGGCCACAAAGAAAUGGACAAAAAAGAACACUGGCACAGCUACAUGCAAGAGGGGCUUUGUUCAGUUUUGCUAUGAACCUAUCAGAGAGAUCAUGAACGCCUGCAUGAAUAGCAAGCACAAAUUGUGGCCUAUGCUAGAAAAGAUUCAUGUCACUGUGAGUUCUCCAGCUAAGGAACUUGUUGGCAUUGAACUCGUAAAGUAUGUGAUCCAAGCUUGGCUGCCAGCAUGCAGUGCACUUUCUGAGAUGAUGAUGUACCACAUCCCCUCUCCAGAGAAGGCGCAAAGACAUUGUGUUGGGAAUUUUGGUGUGGAUCUUGACAACAUUUACCAUACCUCUGUUAGAAAUUGUGAUGCUGAAGGGCCCCUUGUUCUUUAUGUUUCCAAGAUGACCCUAGCAUUAGGCAAAGGCAGGUAUUUUGCUUUAGGACGUGUCUUCUCCGGGAAAGUCACAUCUGGAAUGAAUGUCCAAUUCUUGAGUCCCAGCUAUGGUAUUGGUGAAAGAAAAGAUUUGUAUAUCAAAUGCAUUAAGAGUUCCCUUAUUUGGAUAGGAGAUAAAAGGGAGUUAGUUGAGGGUUCUUCUUGCUCCUCUAUCCCUGGUCAUAGAGACUUAUUUGACAAGGCCACAUACACUACAGUUAAUUGUAUGGAACAUAAACAGGGAUUAGAAAAUCAUAGUCACUGGAAACAUUGUGUAUGUGUUUACUUCAGACCAGUUAAUUAAGAAGAACUCUACAUUGACAAGUGUGAAGGUUAUGCCCAUGAGAGCCCCUGCUGUAACAGUUCGUGUUGAUUGCAAAGCCUACCCUGACCUUCCAAAGUUUCUUGAAGCUCUGAAGAAGUUGGCAAACACUCCAGUUAAGACUAGGUUAAAUGACAUCCCCUUAAGUGAAUUAGAAGGCUGCAGCCGUUAUCCACCAGUAAGUUUCUAUCCGUUGCAACCUUUUAGUGCAAUUU